UUACAGUUGAAUUGAACAAGAACAACACAUCAAAGUCUUGUGGUAUGUUUGGUCCUAAACGCAGCGAAUGAGUUGAAGCAGCAGUGGAAGAAGAAGAAGAAGACAAAGAAAACAAUGAAAAGAGGCAUAAUGAGGUCGAAUCUGUUUCCGCUUCUCUUUGCAUUUGCCUUUCUGUUUUCGCCUGUGUUCUCUGCUUCGGAUCUGAUCCUCGCCAAGGUUGACCGUCGUAUUGAUCUGACAUCACAAAUUGUGCGCAUCACUACUUCGCUAAAGGUGGAGAACACGGGAUCUGAUGUUGUGUCUGAGAUUUUGCUGUCCUUUCCUGAAAACCAGGCAAAACACUUGGCAUACUUGAAAGCAAUACUUGGCGAAGGGAAGGGAAAAGCAAAAACAUCUUCUGGUGUUGGUUUACCCGUUAAAGUUGUCCAACCUAAUGAUGUACCUCCUGCCUUGACAAUUUACUCCGUAUCUUUACCAAAGGGUCUUGGGAAGGGACAUAGUUUGACAUUAGAUGUCUUGGCUGUUUUUACCCACAUAUUGCAACCAUUUCCAGAGAAAAUCAACCAGGGUGACAUCCAACUUCUACUGUUUCAAGAGAGUGCACAAUAUCUCUCUCCGUAUGCUGUCAAGGCACAAUCACUCACUCUUAAGUUGCCUGAUGCAAGAAUAGAGUCCUAUUCAAAACUAGAAAAUGCUAAACUUCAGGGAUCUGAAUUAAAAUACGGUCCAUAUGAGAAUAUUCCCCCUUUCUCAUAUUUACCAAUAGUUAUUCACUAUGAGAAUAACCUACCCUUUGCUGUUGCUAAAGAGUUAGUGCGAGAGAUCGAAGUUUCCCAUUGGGGCAAUGUACAGAUCACAGAACAUUACGAAAUUAUACAUGCUGGUGCUCAGAGCAAAGGAGAAUUUUCUAGGCUUGACUAUCAGACCAGGCCAUAUUUAAGGGGUGCAUCAGCUUUCAGGCGUCUUGUUGCCAAGCUGCCACCAAGAGCUCAUUCUGUGUAUUACAGGGAUGAAAUUGGCAACAUUUCCACUUCUAGUUUGUGGGGUGAUUCAAGAAAGACAGAACUGGAGAUUGAACCUAGGUACCCUAUGUUUGGUGGCUGGAAAACUGCCUUUACUAUUGGAUAUGGCUUGCCACUUCAGGACUUCUUAUUUGGAUUGGAUGGAAAACGCUUCCUUAAUAUCUCUUUUGGUGCCCCUAUCUACGAGUUGGUGAUUGACACUAUUUUUGUGAAGGUUGUUUUGCCAGAGGGUUCUAAGGACAUUUCAGUAUCUGUUCCAUUUCCCGUGAAAGAAUGGCAGGAGACGAAGAUUUCUCACUUGGAUAUUGUUGGUAGACCUGUUGUUGUUCUGGAGAAGAACAAUGUUGUGCCUGAGCAUAAUGAGCAUUUCCAGGUCUACUAUAAGUUCAACAGUCUUUCUAUGCUCACGGAGCCUUUCAUGUUGAUCUCUGGGUUUUUCUUUCUGUUUGUUGCUUGCAUUGUCUACUCACGCGCAGAUAUAUCAAUCUCCAAAUCUUCCGCAUCUUAUUUGGCAAAGCUCCAGUGGGACGAGGUGCAAGCAACUACUCAGCUGAUCCACGGUAUCAUUAGCCGUUGCUUAACAGCACAUGACAAGCUAGAAACGUCAUUGCAUGAUCUUUCUAGGACGGGAGACGUUCAAGCCUGUAAAGCAACACGGAAAUCAGUAGAUAGCUCAUUGAAAGAUCUCUCUAAAGAGUUGAAGCAACCAUUGUCAUUUUUGCAAUCUUGUCCACAAGCUGCUCAAAUAUUACCAAAGGUGGAGGAACUUGUCACCAAGGAGAGAGAGUUGCAGGAGAAACUUGUAUUGAAACACACUACCGUUGUAGACGGCUAUGAGAAGAAGUUAGGUGGAAGGGAAAUUGAGAAUCGGAUUGCUUCGUAUCAGCAGAAAAUUACUGCUUUGAGACGGGAGGUUGAUGAUCUUUUGGACUUGAUUGAUGAGAUAUGAUAGGUGACUAUGCUGCUCGAGAUAUGAUAAUAUGCCCCCAUUUUGACCUUGUUUUACUUUAUUUUAGGUCACAAGUUUGUUCCGGUUUGAUAAUUGCAAAGAGAUUAGUGAUACUUCUGUGGGUCGGGAUUUUUUUGCAGACUAUUGUCUACCCGUAAUUUAUGAACAGUUAGACUAUGGAUCUCGAUCUUAAUUAUCUCUAAUUUUAUAUCCGUAUUUAUCUAUGGAAAACAUGGAAUACAUACA